AUGGAAGAGAGGAACAACAGUUCAGUCACCAGCUUCAUCCUCCUGGGGCUUACCACUGACAGAAGGCUGCAGCUUCUCUUGUUCAUGGUGUUCACCUUUGCCUACAUCACCACCCUGUUGUGCAACAUCACCCUCAUAGUGGUGAUAUGCCAUAGCUCACGCCUCCAUACCCCAAUGGACUUUUUCACUGGCAAUUUGUCCUUCCUGGACCUCUGGUAUUCCUGUGUCUACACCCCCAAGAUACUUCUGAACUGCAUCUCUGAGGACAAGAGCACCUCAUUUGCUGGGUGUGCUGCUCAGUUCUUUGUCUCCGGUGGCUUGGCCUGCACCGAGAGCUACCUGCUGGCAGCCAUGGCCUAUGACAGGUACGUGGCCAUCUCCAACCCACUGCUCCAUGCUGCAGCCAUGACCAAGAAGCUCUGCAUAGGGCUGGUGGCCACCUCCUACCUCAGUGGCUUUGCCAACUCUACCCUCAUUGCCAGCUACACGUUCACUCCCAGCUUUUGUGACUCCAACGUCAUCGAUGACUUCUUCUGCGACCCUCCACUGGCAAAGCUCUCCUGUGAUGUGACAGACAGCUACCAGUCCCUCCUCUACUUCAUCCUGACCUUCAACACCAUCCUCCCUUCUGCACUCAUCCUCAUGUCCUACGUCUCCAUCUCGGUUGUUAUCCUGAGGAUGUGCUCAACCGAGGGGCAGUGCAAAGCCUUCUCCACCUCUGCCACCCAUCUCACCACCAUCACCCUUUACUAUGGCUCCAUCCUCUUCAUUUACACUCGGCCCAGCUCCUCCUAUGUGCUGGAGAGGGACAAGGUGGUCUCUGUGCUUUACAUGGUGGUGACUCUCAUGCUGAACCCCUUCAUCUUCAGCCUGAGGAACCAGGAGGUGAAGGAGGCACUGAAGACACUGCUGAAGAGACAGACAGCUUCCUAA